AUGAUUACUAUAUCUGAAACAGUCGCUGUUAUAGAUGGCUAUGUUAUUCUGACUUCCAAAGAUGAACAUGGUGUCGAAACCAAGACUAUCAAACAACUCACCGAAAAGACAAGGUACUUCUCUUUCGUCGAAAGAACAAAACAAUCCAAUCAAAAAUUGGUGGACCUCGAUGAAUUCCAAACCGCUUACUCCAAUUCCAGUCUUAUCCCUGUUGCAUCGCAGGAAUUGUUUGAAUACUGUACUACCUACGAAAGGGAAUUUUACACCACAGAUGAUGGGUUCGCAAUCAUUAACGCUAGGACCUCCAAAAAGUACCGUCAACGUGGACAAUCAUUCACUGUCAUUCCUGUCCAUUUCAAGAAGAAAGCUACCAAAUAUUUAUAUUAUCGAGAUGCAAGUACUUCCCUCACUGGUGGCCUCGAUUUCUCUGUUGAAAGAAGCAUUAUUCACUCUAGAGACUCUUCAUUUUUUGAACAAGAAAUGAACGUAGGUGAAAUCAAGUUCUCAAAUACAGAUUUGAAUAUCUUAAAGAAUUAUCACCAAGUUCAACCACAAUUUGUUGAAUCUGUCUACGAGAUAUUUAUUAAAAUUUACGCAUCUGUUAGAGAAAACUAUCACCGCCGUCCAUACAUCCAUUCGUUCGUUAAUGGUGGCUUCGGUGAAGUGUUCCCCAAGGAUCUACAAAUACCUACCAUCCAGAAGUAUGCUUCCUUAGGUGCAGCAUUUAUUUACUUGAUCGAAGUAUUCCCUCAAUUGUCGUUUGCUGAAGGUUUCACCGCUGAGGUAGAAAUUGCGCCUCCCAAAUCCAUUGCAUCCAUGGCUGAUUGGUUUACUACAAGAUUAUUACCAGGUUCCAACUCCUCUAUGUGGGUAUUAUUGUUCAGAAUAUCUUGUUAUAACUGGACGGAUGGUUCUGUGGCCUAUCCUGACGUACAUACUUUAAAUACUUAUCGUCAACUUGUGGACUCCAUUAGGGCUUUGGCCACUUAUUCUGUUUUGUAUAGAUAUCUCAAUAACGGAGUCAUUCCUGGUGAUUCAAAGGCUGACGAAAUCUUCUUUAAUCAUGUCAGUGAAUCUUGGAAUUGGACCAAAACUAUGUAUCAAAGGUUGACCACUGCCUACAUGGAUUACAAUAAGUUUAACGUCAAGGUGUGCCAACCGGAUGCCGUUUUGAUCUCUGGUAAGAGAUUCUCCAGAACGUACAUCCAAGAAUUUUAUACCAACAUGACUGCCAGGUUUGAUGGCAACAUUGAUAAAUUAAAACAUUACUUCCUCAAGCUCUGGUCCGUGAAACAUAUUGCCGACACCCUUUUAAAUUCCGGAGCAAACUCCAAUUUUUGUGAAAGUAGAGCUGCUCCCAAGGAUUCAUUGUUUCUUUUAUUUACAGAAAAACAAUUGUCUUUGCAAAUGCCACAAACUGUUCCAGAAGUUACACUCGACACCGACGUUGUGACACAAAUUGUAUCAGAUAUGGGUGUGUGUGUAAUGUGGAUGAUAUACGUUUCUGCUACUGGUCCUUAUCGUUUUCCUGACAUGGUUAUUUUGAAAUACGCUGGUAACAACAGAAACUUAUUUAUCGAUCCAGAAACCAGAUGUUUGGAAAUCAUCACUUCAUAUUCCAAGACAAGACGUGAGGAAUACUUGUGCAAGACGUUGGAUAAACAAACGUCUGACUAUUUGUUUUAUUAUAUUUUUGUUGCAAGGGCUGUAUUGAAACACUCCAUGGGUGAGAACUAUGAUGGUAUGAGCAAGGAUUUAUUCCAAGAUACUAAUACAGUGGCGGAACAGUAUUUGUUAAGAAAUUAUCUGUCAAGAUCUGUUGGUAAUGGUGAAUCGGAGGAAGACUGGGAUCCGGUUAGAUACUCAAAGAUUGUGUUAAACUCCUUUGUAUUUGUUGAUUGCGUGUCACAUUCGUUGAUGAAUUAUAGCAAGUUUGCUGCGUUUAUGAAACUGUACCCUGCAUCAAUUAGUGGAACCUCCAGGCUCUCCUUCAGAGAGAUGAGGCACGGGAUGAUCAAGCUUAUUAGGGAAUACGUUAAAGUAGAGGGUGAGAGUUUCGAAGUGAUGAACAUGAAGGAGAGGUUGGCUGGUCAUUCUGCGGCUACAGGUCAAUCUGUGUAUGCCAAUGAUGUUGAAACUGGUACUGGGUCGGAUGCGUCGUUGGAGGAGAAAUACGCUUCCUUAAUCAAUAGUGCCUGGCAGAAUUGGUUGGGGCUUGGUUAUGGCAAAGAAAAAGAAGAAGGUGAGUCUGCUGUAGCUAAGAAUGCAUGUGUCAAGAAAUACUUUUCAUCAAAUGGGUCUAUCAAAGAUUUGUUUGUUGCCGGUAAGAAGUUGUAUGGUAAGGAAUUUCAAUUCAGAGAAGGUCAAUUUGAUGUUGCUGUGGAAAUUUAUUUAUCAGGCACUCAGAUCAUCCCUAUCCAAGCUCUUCCAGGUUUUGGGAAAACUGCUCUGUUUCAGAUUCCUUUGGUUGCACUAUCUUAUGGUGAACAAAAGACUGUUUCAUUUGUGUUUGUCCCUUAUGUUUGUUUGCUAUCGAAUAUGAAGCUCAGACUAUCUUCAUGUGGUAUCAACUGUGGUAUUCUCAAGGAUCUGUUUGUUAAUGGUCCAGCUGUUGAAGAGAAGAAUUUGUUUUGUGAUGUUUACGUUGGCACCUUUAACGAUUUAGGUUCUGAGAAUUUUGUCCGGUUGGUCAAUAAUUGGUACAAUAUAUAUCAAGAGUGUAUUCUAGGUAUGAUUGUCAUUGAUGAGUUUCACAACUUAGAGACUGAACAAUCGUACCGUGGACAAUCUUUUAGAUUGAUUCCUGAGAUUAACUUUAAUCUUGCUUGGAAGGUGGUGGUGAUGACAGGUACUGCUGGUGAAAAGGGUAUGGUCAAACCUAUGAAAUUUAUUGGUUAUGACAAGGAGAUGUGUACGUCGAUGGUGUCCAAUAAGAACAGAAUCUUGUACUUUGAUUUGGUUAAUCAAAUUCCUCUCAAGAAUAUUGUGAAGAAGUUCCAAGUUUUUGAAAGAUCUACUGUGGCAGAGACUGAGGUGGAAAAGUUGGUAGAUAGAUUCAUGGAGUAUGAUACCAAGUCCAAGGUGAUUAUUGUUUGCAAGGAGAAGGUUACUGUUGAGAAGUUGUAUUUCAGGCAAGAUUCUGAAUGGGUUCAUGGGGAUUUACCAUCUGAAGAGAAGAUUAAGAAAUCAAGAAGAUUUAUUGAGGAUGAGAAAUGCAGAAUAAUGAUAGGGACGAAGUUGGUGUCAGAGGGUAUUGAUAUCAAAGCAGUCAAGUUGGUGAUAAUGCUUGAUUACCUUCCAUCAAUUGGGGAGUAUAUCCAGACGGCAGGUAGGUUGCGUGAAGGUGGGGUAUGUCUUUCCUAUUGGACCAAGAGAAGUGUUCAGACAAGUUCAGUGAGACCAGAUGUUUGCAUUAUUAAACAGGUAUCCAAAUUUUAUGAUCUGAAUUACGACGGUCAUGAUUUAUGUUGUGGUCAUCAUCAUAAUAUCCCAGAAGAUGUUGCUAAUAUGUAUCAUUAUUUGAAUGGUGAUGGUCGUCCAAGAGUUGUGGAAGUGGGUGCUAGUAUUGGUGAUUCUGAACAUGUUGGUAAUGUUCAUUCAUUUUCUUCUGCUAAUGAGUCUUCUGUGUUUGAGGAUUUGGGUCCAGAUAUGGAUCAAUCUGAUAAUUUUAUUACUUCUAAUGAUAGUAGUUUUCCAGGUUUAAGUAAUGAGGUAGAUAUGCCUGAUAAUUUGGAAAAUAGUAGUCGUGGAUUGGUGAAUGAGGAUAGUAUAAAUGAUGAUAAUAAUAAUAAUAGUGAUGAAAUAUUGCCUACCCCAAGAAUUGUCCUUUUACCGUUUGAUCAUGGUCCUAAUAAAAGAAGAAGAAUAAUAUCCAUGAAAGACGAGAUUAAUGGUCUUUUUGGUUCUGCUAAGAAUGUAUUUGAAUUUAUUGGAAUUCCAUCCAAACUCUGUUCACAAUUAUUUUUUUAUGGUUUGAAUGAAAGUUGUUUGGAUUUCCCCUUGUCUGUUGUUGAGAAUCCUUGUCCUGAUUGUCUUGGUGCUAAAGAUGGUGGAUGUGUCUGCUGGGAACUUGGUCCUGCUAAGGUGAGAAGAUUUGGGUUUGAGUUUAUUUUGUUGUUGAAAAUGAUCAUGUCAGAAAAAGAAUUUGAUGGUGUGAGGAAGCAUUGCCUCGAUAGGGGCCUCCAUGCUGUCAUGUUGAAAUAUGGUCGUUCGAAAUCUAUUUUACUUGAUAAAUUCAAGACUAGUGUUCUAGCCAAAUUUUGUGAAAUUAUUGUUAGCAAACCUAAGUUACCGGUGCCUGGUGAGUUGUUUAGCAAUGAUAUGGUCAUGACAAGGUGUUAUAAUAUGAUGUGGGAGGACACGUUUUUGCACAUUACGCAUUUCCUCCUGUUUUUACAUAGUUAA